AUGAUGAUGGACCUUUUUGAAACUGGUUCCUAUUUCUUCUACUUGGAUGGAGAAAAUGUUACUCUGCAGCCGUUAGAAGUGGCAGAGGGCUCCCCUUUGUAUCCAGGGAGUGAUGGUACCCUGUCCCCUUGCCAGGACCAAAUACCCCCGGAAGCUGGAAGCGACAGCAGUGGAGAGGAACACGUCCUGGCACCCCCGGGCUUGCAGCCUCCCCAUUGUCCAGGCCAAUGUCUGAUCUGGGCUUGUAAAACCUGCAAGAGAAAAUCUGCUCCCACCGACCGGCGGAGAACCGCCACUCUGCGCGAGAGGAGGCGGCUAAAGAAAAUUAACGAGGCCUUCGAGGCACUGAAGCGGAGGACUGUGGCCAACCCCAACCAGAGGUUGCCCAAAGUGGAGAUUCUGCGGAGCGCCAUCAGCUACAUUGAGCGGCUGCAGGACCUACUGCACCGGCUGGAUCAGCAGGAGAAAAUGCAGGAGCUAGGGGUGGACCCCUUCAGCUACAGACCCAAGCAAGAAAAUCUCGAGGGCGCGGAUUUCCUGCGCACCUGCAGCUCCCAGUGGCCAAGUGUUUCGGAUCAUUCCAGGGGGCUUGUGAUAACUACUAAGGAAGGAGGGACAAGCAUAGAUGCGUCGGCCUCGAGCAGUCUUCGAUGUCUUUCUUCCAUUGUGGACAGUAUUUCCUCCGAGGAACGCAAACUCCCCUGCGUGGAGGAGGUGGUGGAGAAGUAA